CUACUACGGUAGUCUAAAGCUUCCCCGAAUCGCCCAGGCAGCAGAACAAUUUCAGGCAGAUACACAACUCUCACUGGCCACAUCUAGACAUGGAACCUGAUUAAUUCUCUUUUAACCUCUUUCGCUCCUGGUAAAAUUAUCGAAAUCAUUGAAACUUCUUUCAAACACCUCAGUCAUGGCCGACAGUAACCCACCGCGAGACGAUGAAGUAGGCGAAGAGGAAGAAGAGGAGAUCGAUGAAUCCAACUACAAAUCGGUGAAAGAUGCGGUUCUCUUUGCGAUCGAAGUUAGCGACUCCAUGCUCGAGCCUCGCCCAUCUGCCGACCCCAAGAAGCCCGUGGAAGAAUCGCCGGUCACCGCAGCCUUGAAAUGCGCAUACCACUUAAUGCAACAGCGAAUCAUUUCUAACCCACAAGAUAUGAUGGGAGUUCUCUUGUACGGGACGCAGGCGUCCAAGUUCUACGAUGAAGACGAGGGCAGCCGAGGCGACUUGUCCUAUCCCAACUGCUACCUCUUCACAGACCUCGACAUCCCGUCUGCGCAAGAAGUCAAGGACCUUCGAGCGCUGGUAGAAGAUGAGGGAAAAGCCAGAGAGGUUCUCGUGCCGGCAGAGAAGCAAGUGUCUAUGGCAAACGUCCUAUUCUGUGCCAACCAGAUUUUCACCUCCAAAGCGCCCAACUUCCUUUCGCGGCGGUUGUUCAUAGUCACCGACAACGACAGUCCUCACACCCAAGACAAAUCCUUGCGGUCUGCCGCGACAGUGCGAGCUAAGGAUCUAUACGAUCUCGGAGUCACUAUUGAGCUCUUCCCCAUCUCCCAGCCCGAACAUGAGUUCGACAGCUCCAAGUUCUAUGACGAUAUCAUCUAUAAAACCUCUCCAAAUGAUCCCGAUGCCCCUGCGUAUCUACAACCGGACUCCAAAGCUUCAAUGGCUACAGGGGAUGGGAUCUCCCUCCUCAAUACCCUAUUGUCUAGUGUCAACUCAAGAUCCGUGCCUCGGCGCACUCAUUUCUCGAAUAUGCCGCUAGAGCUUGGACCCAACCUCAAGAUCUCAGUGUCAGGCUAUAUCCUCUUUCGGCGGCAAGCGCCCGCCCGGAACUGCUAUGUCUGGCUUGGAGGCGAGAAGCCCGAGAUUGUCAAAGGAGUCACGACUCAAAUAGCCGACGACACGGCGCGCACGGUGGAGAAAUGGGAGAUCAGAAAGGCCUACAAGUUCGGCGGGGACCAAGUUGUCUUUACCCCCGAGGAGCAGAAGGAGUUGAAAAACUUCGGUGAUCCGGUCAUCCGCAUCAUAGGCUUCAAGCCCGCUUCUGCCCUUCCCUUCUGGGCGAACAUGAAACAUCCUUAUUUCAUAUAUCCGUCAGAGGAGGACUACGUGGGUUCAACCCGCGUGUUCUCCGCCUUGCAUCAGACGCUUCUGCGGCAGAAGAAGAUAGCUCUCGUCUGGUUCAUUCCACGGAGGGCUGCCAACCCGGUCCUUGGUGCUAUGAUCGCCGGAGAGGAGAAGGUCGAUGAGAACGGCGUGCAGAAGUAUCCCCCUGGCAUGUGGAUUGUGCCCCUUCCGUACGCCGACGAUGUUCGCCAGAACCCCGAGACCACCCUGAAUGUGGCUCCAGAACCGUUGAUCGACCAGAUGCGUGUUAUUGUCCAGCAGCUGCAACUCCCCAAGGCCUGCUACGAGCCUCUGAAAUACCCGAAUCCAUCAUUACAAUGGCACUAUCGCAUCUUACAGGCGCUGGCUCUAGACGAGGAUCUCCCGGAGAAACCGGAAGACAAGACCGUCCCGAAGUAUAGACAGAUUGACAAGCGCGCUGGGGACUAUGUGCUGUCAUGGGCCGACGAGCUCGAGAAGCAGUACGCCACGAUCGCCGUUGAGAAACCAGCAUCCAGCACUCUUGUCAAGCGAGGCGCGAAGAAUCGUGCCCCGGAAGACGACGCAGAGUCCAGCAAGCCAGCUAAGAAGGUCAAAGUGGAAGCCGACAAUAACAUUGAGGAGGAAGUGCGGCGACAUUACCAGAAGAACAACCUGUCCAGGCUUACGGUGAAUAUCCUGAAAGAUUUCCUCACGUCUCAUGGACGCUCUGGGGUGGGGAAGAAGGCAGAUCUGAUCGAUCGCGUGGAGCAAUUCUUAGAGUCUGGAUAA